AUGAACAUUGGAAGCUAUUCAAAAUCUGUAGCCUUAUCGACAAUACUAGCUGGCUCUAUAAAAGUUUUUAAUUUCAUUAUAAACCAGUCUAGCCUUAGUUACGUCGAUCCUGCAAGUCUCGGCAGCUAUUCGUACAAAUUGGAGUUGUCUUAUACAUCAAUUCAACAGCUGUCAAAGGAUUCUGUUGGAUUAGCUUGCUUGAACGGUCAUUUGACCUCUCAGCAGUCUCUUAACAUCGCUUUUAUUUCUAUUCCACUCAACGUCAUCACCAUUCUUAUCACUCGAUUAUUUUUCAUCGGCUAUAAUGGCGUUGAGAGUGAUUUCAAUACUGCUCUUAAUCUUUACUCUCUUUCCUCCCUUCUUGAAGCCUUAAUCGAGCCACUCAAGUUUCACUCAAUUAGACGCGCAAAUCUUAAUAAAAAGUCUUUUAUUGAUUGUCUUGCUUUUGCUAUCAAAUCGAUUGCCACUCUAGCUCUCCUCACGCGUCACAGCACACAACACCCACUCACUUGCUACGCUAUAGCUCAACUAUCCUACUCUUUCAUUCAAUUUGCCGGCUACAUCACUGAAAUUUUCUCCUUCUACCCACAGCGACUACACACUGAACCUUUCCUCAGCCGCUCCUCCUUACUCUCCCUCCGGGCCCUCUCAACUCAAGCCCUCAUAAAGCUAGCUCUCACACAAGGCGACAAAUUCAUUAUUUCCUCACACCUCUCUCCCUCUGACCAAGGCGCUUUCGCUCUUGCAGACAACUAUGGCAGUAUCCUUGCGCGCAUCGUCUUCCUCCCCAUCGAAGAAACCUCCAGGGUGUACUUCUCUAACAACAAGGCGCCCCAAUCUUUAGCUACAGUGUUGGGUGUUGUGCUGCAUGCUUACUCUCUCCUCCUCGUCAUACUACCAGCAUUUUUACCCAACUAUGUCCAAUCUAUCCUCCAAAUCCUUUUACCACGAUACGCAAACUCAAACGCAUCUUCUAUACUCCCUCAUUAUAGUCUUUAUAUCCCCUUGAUGGCUUUCAAUGGUAUUCUUGAGUCGUUUCUGCAUAGCACCGCCUCCUCAGCUCAGAUUGACAAACAUUCGAAAUUUUUAACACUCAUUUCAUUUUUGUUGAUGCCUUCGAUAUACCUUGCACUCAGUUAUACACCACCCUCAACACACUCACUCAUUAUUGUUUACUCCAACAUAGCUAAUCUAGGAUUAAGGGGGGCAUACGCGUACAAAUAUGCCUCUCGAACAAUGCGUAUGUCUAAUAUUUCCCCAAGCAAGUCUGUCGCUCUUGCAUGUGUUGCUGCAGGGGUAAUAACGCGUUUUACAUUAUUCAACUGCUCUCUCGUCAGUCACAUGGUCACUGGAGGCACUAAUAGUUCUACAGAUAUACAGCGGAACGUCAGUGGUUUGUUUCAACCUUACACCAAAUGA